AUGCUCUGCUACUGCUGGCUUCGUGGUUCUGCUGUCCGCGAAGAACGUGGUGGGAGACUGGAAGGAACGUGGGUUCGCCGCCGUGAGAGGAGAGCGCCACUGCAGAGAGGAGAGCGCGACCGUGAGAGGAGAGCGCGACUUUUGUUGGCAUUGUUUACUUUAUUGUUGAUCUCAAUUAACUUAGAACCAUUUGAUUGUUUGCCUCUUUCACCUGUGCUUAGUGGUUCCACCCUGGAUAUUGAUUUGAAUAGUUUUUUACUCCACCAAGAUGUGGUUCGGUUUCAAAUAGGUGAGGUCUUUGCACAUGUGCCAAAGGAUGAAGUUGAGAAUAGGAUAGAAAACAUGAAAGAGGUGACAAGCCAGAAACUGACAAAGCUUGACGAGGAGAAACAAUCUGUGGUUGCUCAGACGCCUGAACUGAAGAAGAUUUUGUAUGGGAAGUUCAAGGACUCGAUCAAUCUCGAGGAGGAUAGUAGCCUUCUUCUUGUUCAUAUGUCUUUUUGGUUCUUCUUUCCGUUGGAAAUUUUCCGUCUGCAGUUCUUCUCUCCGUUUCAGUUCCCACUUCCGCGCCUCUACACUCAUCCCUCUAAAUGCUCCAUCGGCGGCGCUAUCAGCCUUGCACCGCCGUCGCACCGAACCUCCAUUGCACUGAACUUCCAUGGUACCGAGGCUCUGUCGUACCCCUUGCUGGUUCUUCUCUGUCACACCCCUUCCGUCGGCCUUGUUCGCAUCGCUCCCUUUCGAACCCUAAUGUGCGUUUCUCUCUUCGAUCUCGCCACUAGUGCUUGCUCUUCUCCGUUUGUUGCUGCGUUUCUCUCUUCGAUCUUGCCUCAGCUGUGCAGUCAUCAUCAUAUGGAAAGGUUCUUGUUUUGGAUGGAGUCAUAUAUACAGCUCACUGAAAGGGACGAAUGUGCCUACCAAGAAAUGAUCACUCAUCUCCCUCUUUGCUCUAUUCCAAAUCCUAAAAAGGUCUUGGUUAUUGGUGGAGGAGAUGGAGGGGUCUUUAGAGAAGUAUCACGCCAUUCAUCAGUUGAAAAGAUAGACAUUUGCGAAAUUGACAAGAUGGUUGUUGAUGCAUCUCACUUUAAUAUUUCUGCAAUAAAGAGGGUUUUCACACACUACUCCAAGGAGAAGCAAGUAACUAAUGAUUCGGAGAAGAAAAGCUCGAAAGAUAAGAAAAAGAAAGGCCUAGAAAAACUAAGGCAUGGAGAGACCAAUUCAUUCAUCCCCCUCUUCAAAGAGCCAAGCAGCAUUGAGAAAAUCUUUGGCGACUUUGAAAGAGAGCAACAAUUACUAUCUGUAAGGCCUCCAAUGCCUCUCGAGCAACCAAAACCAGCCCCUGUUGUCCCUCCUAGAGCUGCUUCUCCAAGGGCUCCUUCUCCGAUGGCUCCAAUAAUUAUUGAAUAAUUUUGAUUGGAAGAUUUCCUUGAAUCAUUAAGGAAGAGCUAUGAAUUUGUUUGCCCCAGUGAUGGCUUUCUUGAGCAGUUGAGAAUGUUCGAGGAGAUGGGCUUCAAGGUUGAUCACUCCAGUCCUAUAUAUAAGCAAGGGCUUUCGUCUAUGUGUAUUAAUAUGAAAGACCUUCUAGCAUUUGCGUUGAAGCGGUCAAAGCUAUAAUUAUUUAGUAAUUUAAUAAUUUAUUUUAACCUAUAUAUAUUUUUAAACAUUAAUAACUAAUUACUAAAAAAUGAUAUUCUUCUUUGAUCAUGAGCAGGUAGGCCUAAUGCUUUCAGGAAUGGGAGGAACAUCAUUUGAUGCUUUCAGAAUGGUAAGAAUAGUGCAUUAACAGUUAAAUUAUUUAAAUAUUUAUAGGUUUUCCUGCCAACUUUUCAUAUUCAUGCAAUGGAUAGUGCUGGGUUGAUGUGAUUUCUUCGGUUGAAACACAACAGUAGUUGUCAUAUUCUGCUUAAAUAAUGAAAGAUCAUCAUAACAUGGAUCGAGGAAGCUUUUUUAGAAUGUUAUAAUUUAUAAGAAACAUUUCAUUUUUCAUCCUGCAAUCUUCCCUAGAUGCCUCUUUAAGUUUCAAACUUGGUUUAAGAGAAAAUGUUUGAUCUGAAUGUUUAAGAGUUCGGGUUAAUGUAUAUUUUUAUUAAGUUCUUUCCUCGUCUACCAUAACAAGCAUGCACUUUUUACAAGCUAGUUCUCGAUGGGAAAAGAGACAAUCGAAAGUCUUGUCAGAAGAUACUAAGAUCAACUUUCAAUGUGGAGUUUGAUGCUACCAAUGUAACUUGGUUAUCCAUUAAUAUUUUAGAUUAUCCCAUCUUUAGGUGUUAAGUGUAAUUUGUGACAUCAGUUAAUGAAGGAGAUCCAUGUAACAGUGGAAUGGUCAUCUUAUUUUUCUGGGGUAUCUUUUUAUUGAGACUGUGAGAUAUUGACUAAUGGUGUUGAAAAAUAACAUCCAAUUUUAUAGGUAUCAUGUAAUGAAUAUUAUGUUUAUCUAUGUGAU